CCAUCUUUAAGUGGUGUACCCAGGGGUCCCAGGUAAGGUCAGGCCGAGAUCAGAAGCCAAAGGGAAGCCCCACUUCCUCUGGAGGUUCUGAGAGGUGGAUAGCAGCAUACAGGAUCCCACUGCCUGGAUCGAGAGCCCCUCAAUCCCCACCCUGGGAAGAGUAUGUAGUUCCUGGACGUCUCAGCUUUGCCGGAGGGUCCCUAAAGGCACUCUGUUCUAUACAGCAGUGUUCUGCGGUUUGUCUGAGGUCAGAGGUACUUGGGAGGCAAACAGGUGUUUUUUGAGGGUUGGGGCUUGGGUGGGGGUGGGGUGGAUUCUGUGUUCUCAGGAUAUGCUUCGUUUGUUAAUCCAGGCUUUGGUUGGGUGAUACUGACUAAUUUCUAGGGUUUAUGGUUUAUUGGGCCUUGUGUAUGAGAAGGAAUUAUAUAUAUUUUAAACCGUUUCUCUAGUUCUUAGUUAAUUUUCGUAACAACUCAAGAAAGGUCCCUCCCACGUCUAAUAAUCUGAAAGGUAAAUUUGGAUUAUUUUAUGUCAAAAAAUGGAUGCAUGUUUUGGGAGGUUAUAGUAUCAGAAAAUCUGGUGCAGGUUUUGUGAAAAAACCAAUUAGAUAUUUAAGAAAUGUAUAGCACAUCUAAGUUCAAACAUCGCGUCUGUUUUUUAUUUGCCAGAGUAGGAAAAGGGUAGAUAUUUUGCUCUCUACAUGUACUGUCGUGUUGUGGUGAGCAUGUGUGUGUUGCCUACAAAUCAAUAUUAUAUAGUAACAUUUUGCCCUCUACUUCAAAAUUACUGAACCAAAACAUUAUGAGUCAAAAUAAAAUCCUUUGCAGAAAAAAUAAUGAUAUUUUCUCCCACUGAUUUUGAAUGGUACUUGAGGAUAUAGUUCUCAAAUCCUAUUGCCUAUUUACUCAUGGACACGUUGUGAAAUAUUAAAACAUUUGGACAAUCUGCCGCAUUGCGGAUGGCGUGGACCUGCACAUGGCCGUGUAUAGUCUCUAAAGCACUCAGUUGCGAAAUCUAACUUAAUGUUCCCCCAAAUAGUCCAGCAUAACCGUGUUGGCUGUAAAGCAUUUCUAAACAAUAAAUGACAUCUUUGUAGAAAGGUAUUUUUAGUAAUUAACGAUGGAAUCAUGCUCGUUUCAAAAUGGAGGGCCACGAUUUGUGGCCAGUUGAUGUCUGUGGAAUUGUCAUGGAUCACUAACUAUGAUCACUCACAAAUAAGAAACUGAUUUUUAAAUUUGUAGUGUUUGUAUUUUGUGACUCAUUCUCUACUAUGGUACAAUGUCUGUUUAGAUCAUUCUUUCAUAUUGGUAAAAGCAUUACCUAUUGAAAAGCAAGCCCCUGUUCCGGGGCUCUUAGGCCCUCCCUCUGGCAACUCCAGAGCCUAAAGAGCCCCUAGGUCGGCUGUGCCCAGGUUGGGGGUGGGGAGGAGCUGAGGCCAUUAUAGCCAAGCCUUGAUAUUCAGAGCUUCCGUCGCUUUUCCCUGAGUUCGGUGGCUGAGUGCGCCCAAGUGACUAGGAACCUGGGCGGGCUGCAGGUCCCAUUACGCAGCAGAGGGUGAUGUCAUGGGCAGAUAGAUAUGGAGGACUGAAGGGCUCUUUGUAAGCUCCUGUGGUAGCAUUAAGAGCUUACUGGAACUAAAUGGUAGAUUGCAUCCAAGAGAAUAAAUAAUCUGUGAAUCACACUUGAACUCAGGCCACUUAGUCCACAAGGAAACGAGUUAACGCUUUGCCACCGCCGGAAAUGCCUCCAUUGUCCGUUAACUCAAUAAAAAAAAAUUAAACGAAAUAAAAAAUACUGGGACCAAAACAGUUCACAAGCCAGGGAGUUUAACUCCCAGAGUCCUUGGCCCGAACCUCUAUCCAUUUAGAAGAUCAGGGAGCCGAUGCCACCAUGUCUGGCCCUUGGUGUCUACGGGUCAGGCUGUGAGCUGGGCUUGUGUUCUCCCCGAGGACCAGGAAAAAGAGCAAGGCUUGCUCUUGUAAGUGUGGACAAGCACUAGGGCUGAAAACCAAACCUAUUUUCCUAUCAGAGGCUCCUCCAAAUAAAUAUAUUUCGCCAGAAUUCUGUUUUCUGGGCUCGAGAAGCAGGGAGAAUCGGAACAAAGACAGUAUUUCACUCUGGGCUGGCAGGCAGCUGUUAGAGGUAUUUACGGCCUUGCCGCAGUGCGGCCGCCGGGCAAGGCACCAAGGGGCACCGGAAACUGAGAAGCCCCCGAAAAUUCGGAAUUCUGAUUUAAGUCCAUUUAGGGCCACUUCUCCGGAAUUGGUGUGAACAGAUACCCUCUUUCUAGGAACUGGUCCCUUAGACUUGAUACUUGUGCAGAUUGAGGGAGAAGUGUGCUUUUUGAAGGUAGGGUGGUUUUUCUUCGCCUUGAUUAACUACUCAGGAGAUUCCGUGUCUAGAUGUGUAACUGCUCAUCCAAAUGACAACCUUACUUGUGUUCGUUAGCAACACGGUGAUUUUGCCGAGUUCGGUGGAACAUGCCUUGCAAAUCAGAAAGCACGGUUGACGCUUUAAUACAGGUUUCCUUGAAAAAAAGAAAAGUACGUUUCCUGCCUGCCUAAGAUAGGGCAUCCAAGCUCCUCUGCAGGUAGGCGCUAAAGCAGUGCGCCCCCCCGCAUAUCCCCAAAGUGCCCGCCACGCACGCUCUCCAGGCUUCCAGCGCAUGUGCGGUGAAAUAGCCCAGCCUGGUGAUCCAACUUGCGGAGGCAUGGAUGGGGGGAGGGGGCAAGUGGACUCAGAGCCGGAAGAUAUAACCGGAUCUCUCUGCUCCUCCCUCCCUCAGAAUUCACUACUCAUCUUUCCUUUAUUCCAGCCUUCAAUCUAAAUAUAACUAAACAUCUUGCCCUUGAUACGUUAUUUUCAAUCAUCUUGACUCACCACCCCACCCCAAUUUAAAUCUGCACUUCAGAAACAAGUCUGCAAAUAUGAGCUAGUGGCCAAAUGGAAACCAAGUCUUCUUUCAGGGUGUUAAAUAAAUACACACACACACAUAUUUAAUACCAUAAAAAAAGAUUUUUAAAUUGUGUGUGUGUGUGAGAGAGAGAGAGAGAGACAGACAGACAGACAGACAGAGACAGAGAGAGAUUCUCAAGGGAAGUGUAUAGAUUUUUUUUCAGCCUGGUGCUUUUGCUUUGGGAAAAGGCCUUUCCUCUUGGCGCCUGUUCAAACCGCCAAACUUCAGGCCAAUCCUUCAGCGGGAUCAUUCCCGGAUCUUGUUACGCCAGCGCAGCACGUUCAAGGGCUCUGCGGGGGCCAGCGGCUCAGCGGAGAGCGGUCAAAUAAAUAAAUAAAUGAACGGACAAACUGGAGGGAUUUUCCGCUUGGGCUCGCCUAAUUAAUGGGGGAUGCACGCUCCUGGGCUGCGGGCCUGUUGUUUGUGCUGGAAGGAGUGCAGUGGGAGACGGCCUCAGGGCCCUCUCGACUCCUGGCCGCCGCGGGGUACACCGCAGGAAGAGCUUACAGCCUCUAGUGCGGGGACCCCUCCGCCCCAGAGAAGAAGCCCCGGCCUCGCGUUUCCGGGCCUGGCGUAGUCCCCCAGUUUAGCUGUCUGGCGCCUUGUCCAGGAGGAGGCGCUGUAGGACAAGCGUCUCGCGGUUGCGGCGGCACGAGAGUUGCCCCGGGCGCGAGCGGAGCGGGGGCGGGGAGGGGGAGAGGGGAGAACAUGUGACCCUGCCUCUCCGUCUCCCCUCCCUCCACCUCCGCUGUUGAAGUGCUUUCCGCCUGGGUGGAGGGUCGGCGACGCUGCGCCCACCUCAGGGGCCGCAUCCCGGGACCCGCAGCAGAGACAGCCCCCAGGCCCAGUAGCCUGAAGGCAGGUUCUGAGGUGGCUGGCCGUCUCACUUCCUUUGCCUUCCCAGAGGGGGCGCGAUUUUCGCACGCUGGGCUCCUAAGAGCAGGAAACUAGAGUCCCAUGGUAGGGCAAGCUGCGCCCAAUCCGCGGUGGUCCCAACGAGCUCCCUCGUGCUGGGCUGCUGGUCUUGCUACUUUCUCUUCCCGAGACCCCUGGCACCCAGAAUGGGCAGCCUUUAAAAGCACAGCGUUUUGAUCUUCCUCCAGCAGGCUGACUGGCCUCGCCCUGGAUCACUUAGAGCAAAGCUUGGGUCCCAGGAUUCCCUUGGGGCUCCCUCUGAGCCAAGGUGAAUCCUGUUGACUUUUCGGCUUGAGAAUUCCGCAGAUGCCCAGCUCUACUCUUUUCCACACCAACUACACACCCUUCUUUUACCAUUGCUCUCAUUUCAGGCCUUUGGUGGGCUCACGGUGUUUCCUGCACCAGCGGUGGCACCCAACUUCAACUGCCUCUGACCCAACUCUUGAUCCUCCAUUGUCUCUUGGCAACAAAAGUCUUUUGCCUCCCUCUUUUCUCUACUUUAGGACAAUGAUUCUUAAUGAAGCUUGUAUUCAAAUCUUGUGUAUAAUGCAGGUUCCUGGGUCUCAAGCCAGAUUUCUUACUAAAUCUUAAUAUCCUGGACCUGCAUUUUAUAAACACUCUCCCCUAGGAGCAAUUAGAAUGCAGAGUUAUGUUUGAAAAAUACUGGCCAAGGGUCUCUCCUGCUUCUUUUGUGGUUCUUCUGUCUCCAGGGGCCAAGUUCCCUCCACCAUUCAGGACUCUCCAUAGUUCCUGGGGCUCCCUCCCAAAUUGGGUUUUCUAAUGUUACUAUCCCAUAGAUAGAGUAAUUGUUCAUUUAGGGAAAGGGACAUUGAUCCCUUACUAACUUGGAGAUUCCAAAGAGGUGAGUCGAUUUAGACUGCCUUGAUUCAAAUCUUUACCACUUACCUACUGUGUGAUCUUAAGUAGAGAAAACUAUAGGCCUGUUUCCUCAUUUGAAAAGUAGGAAUAAAAAGAGUACCUUAAAGUGGUGUCGUGAGGAUUUUUACUUACAUAGCACUACUAUGUGCCAACCACUAUUCUGCUUUACAUACAUUAACUCACUGGUUAAGUACAUAUAACAGUGUUUUAGCACAUAAUAAGCAUUCAAUAUGUGUUUCUUAUCAUCGGUAUCCCUUUUCUGCUCAGCAAUCAUGCCUAGACUUUUAGAGCUGGAAGAGACCUGGUUCACUCAUCCAGUCCUUGAAUUCUACAGAGAAGACAGGCUUAGGCUUGGUCACACAGGAAGUGGCAGAUCCAGGAGAACAUAGUUCUGUAUUGGGCCUCAUAGGCCCUGCUCCCUUGAGUCUCAGUGUUUAGCACUUGUCUACAGGUACACUUUAGAGCCACACCCAGGAGAAAAGUGUCCCUAACUCCUCAAUGGGCAGAUGUCAGGUAGGAGAGGCCUCACACCCACAGGCACAUCUGUGACUCCUAUAGAGGGCUUCAGGCCUUUCCAGAGAGCAGACCCCACUGUCUAUCUCCUGGAGUCAUCUUCACUACCACCUAUUAGUAACACCUACCAGGGCAAGUACCCUCUUUUAUAGCCCCAGGACAAAUGUUCUCUUUUAAGUUUCUUGAAACUGGAAGCAGACUGGAAAAGCAAAAGACCAGUGGGCAACAGAAGGGGAGGUCAGGAGUGCCCCGCUCACCCUUAAUCUGCUUUUGUUCCAAGAUCUAGGUUCCAGGGCCAUGUCUGAGCCAUAGCUCCCUACGUGGGCCAUAGUGAUGCCAGGGUAUGUCUUGGAAAGGUCUUAUCCCCAAAAUCUCCAUCAGCCCUUCCAAUUUUUUGAGAUUCUUUUUAUCUUUUAAAAAGAGUUAUGUAAAUACUACCUCAGGCUAUAACCCACACACAUGCACACACCCACUGCAACUGGGUUCCAGCCCCUUAGCUCUGACUUCCAUGACUUCUGCCUAUGGUCCUUUCCUAAGAGGGCUUCUGCAGCCCUUGGCUAAGCUGCUUCUCUUGGCUUAACCAGGAGUCUACCUGGGUCAAAUUUUCUCUCAAAACACAGUAUCUUCCACUAUUAACCAUGGCAGGUGGAGUUUGGCUCAUGGCAUAGGGCAGCACUGUAGCCCCUUAGCGACCCCCAACUCCUGUGCCAUAAAACCUCCAUUCUUGGUUCUCAAAAGACUUAGAUGGUCAUCCCUGCCCUUCUUGGGACUACUGGAGCCUUUUCUAGCCCCUGGCCCCACUGUCAGAGAUUCUGCCCCAGGGCCCAUUCUUUUGGGUCUCAUCUCUCACUAUUGAAGUUUUCUUCUGUAGUUACCUUUCUUCCCAAGCCAGAGCUCCAAUAAGUGGACUCUAUUGUAGGGCGUAAGGAGGGGGUGGCAGGGGUAGUGUUCCUUUUUCACUGAUACAGGACAGUCCCAGGAAUAUGGAAUCAAAUUUGUCUCCUGCUCGGGACUCCCUGAUCAAUCCUUCUCUGACUCUACCCCUGGCCUGUGUCCCUAAGUGCCAGGCCUGGCAGUCUCCUUCAUCCAUCUGCCUGUGGCUUAGGGAGUUCAUCCAAAGCCCCAUCCACACCUAUCCUCACUUUGCAGAUAUUUAGUUUAAGGGGAGAGCUUAACACCACUUCUGGGCAAGAAAUCUUUUCAAAGUCAGGAUCAGAAUAUUCUUUCCUGGGGCCACAUAGCAGGGGCCCUUUGGGUGGGCAAAGGGCAGACCUCUACAUAUGGAGUGCAGCUUAUGCCUCCUGAGGCUCCUUCACACUCUUCUCCUUCCCAGGAGCUGCUCUGGCUUUUGAAUUUGGAGGAGCCCUAAACUUUACCUAAUGGGAGCUCUCUGGGCAGGAGUUCCCAUGACUGGUUCUUUCUAGCCAAAUGAGGGACAGUGCCUAGAGUCUUACCAGAAACUCCUUCCAUUCCUUAUGGGUUUUUAAGAAGGCUUCAUUCAACCUCUCUUCCCCUACCUCCUCUUUCAUUACCACUACCACCAUCAUUUAAAGUCCUUGGGAAACCCCAACAAAUUAGCCCAAGCUAGUCUGCUGUUCCCCCUGGUCCUCAACCUUCUUACUAGACCAAGUUUGCUCUUCUCCAUCUCUGCUGCCCUCUCACUCAUCUACAGCAGCUUAGGACAUUGAGGGCUGGGCGGCAAAGGAAGAUUGUAGGAAGAUGGACACUCUCCUUAUGCGUCUGUUGCCUGGCUGUCCUCAUAUUAGGAAGUAAUCGAAGAUGUCUGCCUCAAUGUGUCCUUUUUUCCCCCUCUCUUUACCUAUGCACAGCUAGUUACUUUUCUGUUAUCUAAAUAUACAGAGUAGGUUGUUGAAUCUUAUUUAUUAUCUUAAUGUAAGUCACAGUUAAGACUGCAAGCAAGUCCUGGUCACCAUCCUUUAUCACCAUUAAUUCAAAAAAAUUUUUUUUUUGCUAAGCUGGGACUAGCUAGGCACCAGGCAUUAUUUCAAACACCACUUCCUCAACAUGGUCUUCUCUUUACCCCACCCCACUUCCAUAAAAAGCUCAUCACAAUUGCUUAGAAAGUCAUAUAUCCUUUGACUAAUUGUUUUAUUAACUUAAAAAAAUAAAGCUUUUCCCACCCCCUCAAACUUUGAUUACUUUUUACAGUGGUUUAACAGACUAAUUUUGAAGCUGCUCACCUAGUACUAACAGAAUCAGAAAUCAUUUUUGAAAGGGUUGAUCUUUACUCAUAUUUUAAAGACAGAUGCUCCCAAUUGUAAAAGGAAAAGAUCUUAAGUUGUUAUUUGGGGAGGGGAGAGAAAUGAAUGCCAUACAAUCCAGACUAAUAGCCCCUUUCUAGCUAAUGAAAGUCAAAUCAGGAACUGGGUUUAGAAAUGCACCGAGAAUGGGUGGAAAUUAGAAUGCAAAGAGAUCUUCGUAGAGAGGGAUCUCUUUCUUGGGCUUGAUGGGACUUGCUAAUGAGAACUUUUGCAACUGUAUUUGAUUUAGAAAUCCUAUGUGUGUGUGCUCUACAAAUCUACACAGAACAUCCAUUCUUUUCAUCAGAAUUGUAAAAACCACAUGUUUCACAUUGUUUGGUGGCAAUUCUGUCAGGCUAUGGAAGGAUGCUGGGGGUCAGUUCUUUUUGUAUUUACUCCUGUUGGUGGGAGUUGGGGGUAUCUUUCCCACCCCACCUCCCCCAAGCAUAGAAUGUCACACUCCAGUAGAGCAGUGAUCAGGCCCAAGCUCCUUUUCUUGGCUUUCUCAGCAUGCAAGCAUGCUCCCCCUUUUUUCCUGCACUCUUAGGAUUUCCCUCUGGUGGAUGUAGUGGUUCAGGAGGUGGAGAAUAGGACCUACCCAGGUUUGGGCCCCUACGGUACUGCGAGCCCCAAGCUCUGUGGUUGGACUGCUGUGGGAGUGGGGACAUCUGACUUCCUGGGCUUGGGUUCCUUGAGAGCCUCAUUUGCUUCCUCACACCCUCUCCCCUUCACACCAGGGCUGUUUUAUUGUUUUAUAACCUUCUUUAGAGCUGCAGUUGCCAAAGAUUCCGAUGGGCUAUUCUCCACUUUCUCACUUUACCAAACCCCAAGUCUUGCUGUUUUAAGCAGUUUGGUCACUUGCAAAGGCUUUCCUUUCAGAUCCAAGCAAAUUAUAGAAACCUCCAGGCAUGUGGCUACCUUUAACUUUGCUGAGCUCAUCCACAACAAUACAGAGCCAAGUGUUAACUCCAACUGCCACCCCCUCCUUCAAGCCCACCCAGCCUCUCCUUAACCCUUUUUCUAUUGAAGCUUGAACAAAAUCUCAACUUCUGGCAUAAGCAGUAAAAAGUGGCCUUUGACUUUCCUCUUUAUUUAUUUACCACAUCUAGAGCUAGGAAAUGAUUGAAAUAAAGGAGUUGAUGGUACUCACAGUGAAUGCAGCCAAAGAAUCAUAAGACAUGCCCACCAACCAGCCUUUUCCAAAUAGCACUAUCUCCCAACUUAAACAGACAUCUCUGAAAAGAUGCUAUCUGAAAAGCCCAGGGUAUUGAUAUGAAUAUGACCGCCCCCCUUGCAUCCUGGAUAUUUGGAACUAUUUAAAUGUGAAGGAACAGUUGCAGUGAACCUUUAUUUAGUGAAUAAAAGUUUAAAGCCAAAGGUUAUUUAUGGUUCUGCAGAGAUGCGACCUGAGUGGCUAUUUACAGGCACGUGAUUCCAAUAAACUUUGUUUUAUGGCUUGAGAGUUGACAAGCCAAAAUAUAAUUCCCACCAUAAAUUAGGUUAAGAGCAUACAAGUGCAGAUGCUUGGUUCCUGGAGCAGCGAUAGGAAAGUGAGAGGCUCCAGCUAGCACCCGGCGCAGGAGGCAGUUCUCCCAGCUCCCCUGCCCACUAGGAGAGAAAAACCCAGUAAGUCACUUAUUUUUUCCAGGACAGUUCCAGGGGUGGGAGAUUUCUCUGCCUCUAUUUUCCACUUGGGGUGGGGAGUAGUCUCAUUGAAGUUAAUUCUAAUUUUAGCCUAAUCCUAAAUUAACAAAUAGAAGGGGAAUCCCGGUUUUCUCCCCUCCCUCUGGACAGAAAGUUAGGAAUUGAAGGCUCCCACUUCACAAGAGGGACUCACUGUCUCUCUCCUCCCCAUAUGGAGCAUCUAUUUCAGAAGUGGAAUAAGACUGGGCAAUCCAGGUGUAGAGAGAGAGAGAAAGAGUGAGGACGGAGAUAGUUUUUCGCCUCUGAGAUUUCUCAGAGAGGACUGCCAUCCUAGAAUAAAACUAGAAGAGACUGAAAACUUAAAGCUGGACACCAGCCUGUGUGAUGACCUCUGCAUUGUAAGAUUGCUUUGUGGGUUCUCCAGCAACAAUGCUGACAAAAUGAUGUCAUAUCCAUAGCGCUGGAUAACAAUCUAAAGCGUUGCCAUUUACCUUUAAACCCAACGAUUUUACUCCUAGGUUAUCAUUUGGGUCUUCAUUUCACUUGGAAUUGCUCUUUGUUCUGAAUUGGAACAGAAGUGGAAAGGCAAGUCCCAGCCAAGCCUGGCCCUUCUUUGGGAAGAAGACAGAUUUGAGGGGCACUAGUUUGGGGGUGGGGAAUUCGAAACCAUUCUGAAACUGGAAAGGGGACCUGAAUUGCUCCCAACGCAAGACAGACGGGAAGCUGGGGCUGGGGAUAGAUGCAGAGGCUGUCCCCUCCCCAGUAGACCUGCGCCCACCCAGCCGAUUCUGCAGAAGCAAAUACACAAAGGCCCAUUUUCUUCUCGCUUCCCGUUUUCCCACUGGGGAAACCCUGUUACAAGCUGGCUGAGUCGGGCCAAGCAACCAGUAAGGUAUUGCCCAAGGGUGCGUGGAGUGGGGAGGUGUUGGGGGCCAUACUCCCCUACUCUGUGAGUCUGCCCUGGAGGACUACGAUCUCCAGCUCCGCGGAGAAUUUGGCGCAGUUCCUGGGGGCGGGCACCCGAAGCGGGGAGGUCUGGGUAUUGGUGGGGUGCAUGGGCCUUGUCAUUUUUCUGUGUAUCAUCUCUCUCUGCUUUAUUAUCCUGUGGAAUUUAAGUGACCCCGUUUUUAUUGCAACAGGUCAGGACCAUGAGAUAUCGCCUCUGCUGGACAGCCUAUCUUACUCACUGGGCGCUGCGCUCCACCCCAGAAGUGGAUAUUUCGCCAGUGCAUAGUUCUCCUCUACAAAUGAGGCUGGCUCAAGUGAAACCCGCUCUUGACUCCAGGCUGGAAAAUCUGGUGUCCCCAGGACCUUCCUGUCUUGCGCCCUUCUUGCUGCAGCCCUGGCUCUUGGGUGCUUAUCUCUGCUGAGGCUCCUCACUUGGAAACCCGCAUUCAGCACCCUGUGGCUGAACACAGCACAAAAAAGAGAUCAAAAGCAUUUGUAUGAGCAGUUGUGCGGGAGUGCGCCAGCCCCAGCCCAGGGCGGCUCGAUGCCUGCAAGCAGCGCCUGCUUCUGCCUCAGGGGUCUGUCGCAGCAGCAGCAGCAGCAGCAGCAGCGGGACGAAGAGGCCAGCCGAGCUCAGAGCCCAGGAAGGUAAAUGCUCGGACUUCUUAGAGAACUAGCUUUGUCAGCCAACCUGACUUGCCCCGGCAGUGGGAAAAAAUGAUAGACUGAAGAUACUCCUUUCUUGCCUUUUUCUUCUGCCACUGAGGGCAUUUGCUCCUUUCUGGAAAAUACCGUUUGAUGGGUUGGGGGUAUUUGGAUUCGGAGAAGGGGUAAUAAAAGUGGUAUAUCUGGGAUGGAUUAUUUUUUCUUCUCAUCUCUUUUUUCUUUUUUAAGAAGACUGUCCUGGCUUCUUGGCUGCUGGAUAACCCUGGCCUUGGUACAAGGAUGGGGAAUUCGUUGCUGCAAAUUGCCACUAAGCCCUUCAGGUUACCUGAAACGUCUCUGAAAAUGCGAAUGGCUUUGUUAGGCUGAUGGCAGCUCCGAGAAAGAGGCCAGGGCUGGCAGCUGUCUGGGUACCUGAUUUGGGUGGAACCAGGAAGUAGUAACGUUGUCUAUAUAUACCCUGUAGAACCGAAUUUGUGUGGUAUCCACAUAGUCACAGAUUCGAUUCUAGGGGAAUAUAUGGUCGAUGCAAAAACUUCACGUUUCUUCGAAAUAGCCUGAGUCGGAAGGAGAGGCCAGAAGCAGCUGGGGCGGGUCAGUCGCCUCUUUCUGCUUUAUUAUCUUGGACUCCAGGAGGAUCGACUAAGCCUGAUGACACAGAACACCCUUUUCCUGGAGGAGCUUCUUCACUUUUAAACAGAGGCUCUUGUGUAAAACCCUAAUUGGUUGCACGAAUUCAGGUUGCAGGCAAGGGCUAGGUUUUAGGGGACUGGUGAGUAAGGUGGGAGACCAGGUAGCCCCAGCUCUGCCCUCUAGGAGCAUAAGGUGAGAGGCUACCCAGUGAGAGAGCUCACUGGCCAUUGACUGCCAUGUGGGAAGAAGGCGAACUGAGAAGGAGUGCAGGAACCUUUGGGGCCCAUUUGGGUGAGGUGGGGUGCCCUUAUUACCUUCCUUGCUCACUCCUCAGCUGCACAGGCUGGGGCAGCAGGGCCUUUUGCCAUACCUGCAAGGCCCGGCUUUGUCUAGAAACACCCAGCUUGGGUACUUGCAGAAAGCUCGGUGGUUACUCAUUGCCUAAAUUGAUUCAGGCCAGCCAGAUUGUACUAACUUUUGGGUGACCCUGAGAAGACAAAGCCUGGACUCAGCCUUUGUAUGGCAGUCCCUGUUCCCGCGGUCUGGGCUGGUGGGAGCCCUGCCUGCCUGGGAUACUCUGCCCAACUCAGAAGCUGCCUUGCCCACCUGCCUUUUGGUGCCUACACCCCAACAGAUAUGGGGAUUCAUUACCCCUUGAACUGUACCCAUUUUGGGGGGCUGCUUUCAGGCAGAGUGAGUGGAGAGGGCACUGGAGAUUAGCAAAGUCAGUGGCAGACAAAAACUGGGACUUCAGGGAAUGAGGGUGCUGGGGAUUAGAACUACAUUAACAUCUGGUGGGUGCCCUCGAAUGUGCCACAGCGAGUCACUUGAUUACAUGUAUGUUAUUUAGUUAAAUUUGUGAAAAUUAUGAGAUGCUCACCAACCCGGUGAUAAACUCGCUCCCUCCCUAUUGGCUGGCGUGGUCACAUGGCCGCCAACUUUAUUCAGUUGACAGCAAGUAGGAGGGCCCUAUGGAAGGAGAAAAAAAGACAACACGAGAAAAAUUAGUAUUUUCUACCUUCUGAAAUUAAUGGCCAUGAGUUCGUAUAUGGUGAACUCCAAGUAUGUGGACCCCAAGUUCCCUCCGUGUGAGGAAUAUUUGCAAGGUGGCUACCUAGGCGAGCAGGGCGCAGACUACUACAGCGGCAGCGCACAGGGUGCCGACUUCCAGCCCCCGGGGCUCUACCCACGGCCAGACUUCGGUGAGCAGACCUUCGGAGGCGGCGGCCCUGGGCCAGGCUCGGCGCUGCCCACUCGGGGUCACGGGCAAGAACCCAGCGGCCACUACGGUGCCCCCGGAGAGCCGUGCCCGGCGCCCCCCGCGCCCCCACCCGCACCCCUGUCCAGUGCCCGGGCCUGCAGCCAUCCGGGCGGCCCCAAGCAGCCGUCCCCCGGAACGGCACUCAAGCAGCCGGCUGUGGUCUACCCAUGGAUGAAGAAGGUGCACGUGAAUUCGGUGAACCCCAACUACACCGGUGGGGAGCCUAAGCGGUCCCGAACGGCCUACACCCGGCAGCAAGUUCUAGAACUGGAAAAGGAAUUUCAUUUUAAUAGGUAUCUGACACGGCGCCGUCGGAUUGAAAUCGCUCAUACUCUGUGUCUGUCUGAGCGCCAGAUCAAGAUCUGGUUCCAGAACCGGAGGAUGAAGUGGAAAAAAGACCACAAGCUGCCCAACACCAAAGGCAGGUCCUCCUCAUCCUCGUCGUCAUCCUCCUGCUCCUCCUCCGCUGCCCCAGGCCAACAUUUGCAGCCUUUAACCAAGGACCACCACACGGACCUGACGACCUUAUAGAAGUGGGGACUCUGGGCCCAUCCCUCCCUGCGCUCCUGGCUGAGCCGAAGCUGCGGGGGCAGGCCGUGCCUGCUGUCACCUUGCUGGGCUCUAAGGUACUGUGGGGUGGACCUGGGACAUGCAGGCCGCCCUCGGACUAGGUUAGCAUCCUGACCGAGGGCAGCCCCCUCCCUGGAGCAGGACGGGGGUGGGAGGGGGGCGGGGUUCUCUCUCUAAGUAUAUUAUCAUAUGGCAGGAGCUGCUGAAACAUAAAACCUUGGCAAGUCAUUAAACUCAUGAAAAUCUCCGCUGUUGGAUUUUGAAUUUGCAAAUGAAGGUUGAAUGCUUUAUCCCAGUGUGAAUUUGAACAUCCUCCCCCACCCCACCCCUCCAGGGAUCUUUGUGGUUUAAUAAUUUGGGGGAAUUGAGGCAAAAAGUUGGCCACCCCUGUACUAGGUGCUUUCAUGGAAGCAGGAGAGCUGGGCCAGAUUUCUGAACUUUCUGGGUUAUCUAUAUCAUUUCUAGUGUGAAAUAUAUAUUUUGCUCCCAGUGGCCCCAUGCCCAAAGAAAUGAAUCUAAGAAGGAAGUGGAAAUGGCUUAUUUUAUGUUUAGAUUAUAUUUGCUUAAGUAUUUAUGUAUUGGGGAAUGGGAUAAAGAAAUAACUGACAUCUUAAUAUCCAAUACUUUAAGAUAGUGAAAGGGGCUGAGUUUCAGGGAGCAGAAUCUGAGAUGUGUGGACAUACUUCUGACUUUAAUCGGCAUUUUGAACUCCAGCCCCUCCCCACUCCCUGGAAAUGUACUUAGGGGGCCCUUAACCCUUCUAGGGGGAAGCAAAGGGUCUACUCAGAGUUUAGUUCUUGAAAAUAUAUUUUCACGUGUGUUUUUUUCAGUGCUGUGCUUACAACCAGUUCUGGGUGAUUAAAGGAAAGGGAAAAAAGAAAGAAACAAAUGGUUCAACAUUUUCCUUCUGGAGAAAGAAAGCAAAACCUCUAUGUUCUGAGUCAUUAGAUAUUGACUAAAUUUUCUGUUUCUACUGGAUUCCAAGGGCCCAAAUACACCAUAUAGCAAUAUUUUAUAGGAAUUGGUGUAUGGCCUGUAUUGGAAGAGGGAAUGUACAGUGGGGAGAAAGUGGGAAGGUUAGAAAGUCUUGCUUUAAAAAAGAAAAAAAAAAAAACUAAUUGAAUCUAGAAGUCCACAAAAGUUGGUUUUAG